AUGGCCGCUGCAAACAUCAGGCUGUUUGGAAACAAGGUCAGCUUUUCUGUCAAGGAAAGCCGCACACAUCAAGUUCUCGGUCCUUGUGAGCAGAGCCUCUUUUGGGACCUGCAAACAAGACAACCGGCCGAGCUGGAGGACGACUGCCGUCAGAUGCUCGACCGCGGCAGUCUCUUCUACCAAACCGUCAAAGACAAGUUGGCACACCUGGCACAGGUGUGGGACGCCGCCAUCGAUAUGAAAGACAUCUACGACGAGACGGCGGGGGUGUAUCCGCAGGACGAAGAGUUUAUGAGGGGAUUUCUUUUUUGCGUCAUGGUCUUACCGGACCGAGCAAACUGGGGCCACGAAGGGUCGGAAAUUUACCAGUACCAGAGAAGUAUUGCUUCCCAGGGCACUCUCCCUCGCUCCAUCCUCGACGAGCAUCUGCUCCCUCCGCUCCCUGGCCUUAGAGCGAGCCAGCAUCCCGUGGCCCAUGCCCUAGAGAGCCAAGACAGCGACGUCGAGUCUUUUGCCCUUACACCUGUCGAUCCGGACUGCGUUGUUGUGAAGGAGGAACCCCAGCAGGUUGACACCGGCCACUUCGACGCUGCCUACUACUCUGAACGUGAGACAGCAACCACAGAAGAGAGAUCGCUGGGUACGCUGCUUGCGACGAACUGCGUCAGGCUCGACAUUCCUGUUGACCCUCCUCGUACCCAGUACGAAUUGAGCCCGGAGGCUUACAAGAAGAAGCGAGCACACCGCUGCGCCGGGAUGGAGGAGCCCAAGGCAAAGGUGGCGAAGAGGUCGUGA